AUGGUUCAGGUGUUCUCUGAUCCCGCCCUCUCCCCAAAUGGAGUCCCCGCACACGAAACCGUCGAUGGUUCUCUGGUGAGGCGACCCAGCCUCUCAAGGACCGAAUCGCCGGCAAUGUCCCGGGAGGAACACGCACAACGCAUGCGAGAACUGAAUAAGAAGAGGGGGAUGAUGAAGGCACCGCGGCGAGGAUGGUCCAUGACGGACUACCAAAUCGACAAUGCGUCCUCGCAAUCCCCUCACUCAACUUCAUCACAGGUUGAACGACAGGCUUCUAUCCCCGAGCAUGCGCCUCUACCAAUGCCUUCUCGACCCCAGACCCCGGCGGCAGCCCCUGUUGAGGAACAGAUUUCACAGCUUCCCCAACGACCCAAGCUGCCUCCUCCUCGUCGCUCUUACUCCGUGAUGGAUUACGAACCCAUCCCUCCAUGCCAGCCCCAGCCUCCCAAGGACUUUACUCUUCUCGAUCUCCCCUCAGAGCUCCACUACGCCAUUUUCGACUUUCUGGAUCCCAUCGACAGCGUCUGCUUCGGCCUCACAAACUCCAACUUUUACGAUAUCCACCGUCGAUUGCAUGGGACUGUACCUCUCUCUAGUCGGUAUUCGGGACCCAAUGACUUGGAGUGGGCAUGGCGUGGUGCCGGACCUCUGGUCCACCCCAAGGUCCGAACUACUGCUAAAGAAAACGCUAUGGACCAGAUGCGAGUCAAGGGGCAGGUGUACUGCCGGAAAUGCGGCAUCUCCCGUUGUGAACUCCACCGGCACAUCAAAGGUUGGAUGGGCGAUGGCUACGAGUACUGCUCCAUCAAGGAGGUGUACGGCAAGCCUGCCGGCGAAGAUGCGAAGGCCUACUGCUACAUGAAGUCACCCAAGAACCCCCACCGGUGCGGACGCCACGGAAGAAAGAGGAUGGCGGCCCAAUAG